GCCUAUGCAGACGGCCACGUUUCGAUCGACCCGCGGCCCUCUCUCUCUCUCUCCAGUCUCCUUCCGUUCCUCCAUCGGAAGCGAUAAGGAAACCUCGGUGGGAUGCUCGCUCGCGUUUCCGCCAUGGUGAAGCUCGCGACCGCUCGGGAGAGCCGCACCUACGGCCACCUCGCCGCCCGCGAUCGUUUGGAGUACAUCAACGCCGGAUUGUACGUACUGGCCCCCGUCCUCCUCGUCGGCGGCUUCACGGCCCAGCUCUCCACCGCCCCAGCCUUCGCCAAGUCCGGCCUCGCCCUCGCCCUCAUCGGCCUCGCUCUCGUCCUCGUCGUCAACGCUCAUGACCUCGUCGCGCACUUGGCCGGCGUCGACUUCUGCCUCUCCCUGGUGGAGUUCGACGUGCAGCUGGCGCUGGUGGAGUUCUCCGUACCGCUGGCGCACAUUGUUGGCACCAUCUUGAACUUCAUCGGCAUACUGUUCUUUUUUAUCCAGAUGGAGAAACGCUACAGUCCGAGGCUGGAAAGGCAUGCGGUCAACACACUGAUAUCGGGGCCAAUCUUUUGGGUCAUCGGUUCCAUCCACAACAUCUGCCAAGUCUACGAGACAGCAAAUGGCCAUGUCCAGAUACUACAGAAGUGUGUGCAGGUUCCCCUGCUCAUGGGAAGCUUGCUCUUCUUGGUCGCCGGAAUCCUCAACAACCAUGAUACCUUCGGGUCAAUUCACACAACUUCCAAGAUCAUGGGGAAGAGUUGGGUUUGGUUGUGCCUGUCGGGGAGUUGUCUGUUCUUUGUGGGGGGAUUGCUGAACGUGGUGAAAGUGUCCAAGAUGCAGCGGAGGGAUGGGGUGAGGCUUGAGAAGCUGCGAGGCACCGCGCACGAGAGCUCGGCCAGACGAAGGGAGGGUCAGCUUCCACUGAUCCUGGAGAGCAGCAGAAGGAAGAAAGCAGAGGAGGUUACGCCGGUAGUGCGAAUCCCUGCAUCAACUCCUCCGCAUUACAAGGCGGUGCCCUAAUCGGAAGCCAAGCUUGAAACACCGUUUGAAUUGGAUUGAUUAGCCUUUGGAUGUGACCGUGGAAUGUUGUUGAUGUUGGGAAAAAAAUACGACAAAGAAGAGGAUAAAAAAUACUAUGGAAACAAAUAACAAACACAAGAUCAAGAAUACUUUAAGAAAAAUAUUUAGGCUUGAAAAGUGUAUAAAUAGUUU